CCCUCACUGAGCAGGAAUCAGACACCGGUCACUCUGCCAGUCUCUACCCGGGUAUGAGGAGCCUUCCGCGGUCAUAGACAUCCAGGAUACACCGGAUAAAGGAACCGUUUUUGCCGCUUUAUUUGGGUUUUGUUUUCCGGUUGGAUGUUGGAGUAAUGCUGAGCGCCGUUAAGAUGGAGGAUCAUCCGGAGUGGAGCGGGAGCAGCUACUACGCAGAGGCCGAGUGUUACUCCGCAGCAGGAAACAUGAACUCAAUGAGCAGCUACAUGAACGCGCCUGGCAUGACCGGUAGCGCCCACAUGAACGCGCAUUACAUGAACCCGGUGGGGGUGAACCCAUCCGCUGUGCCUCCCGGUCUCUCUCAUCCCACCACCGGGUCCGGUACUGGGAUGAUACCGGGCCUGAGCUCCGCGCUGCAGCCGAGCACAAGCGCCAUCAGCGCGCCGCCGUACGGGAGCGCGCCGGGGCUGAGCACGGAGCAUUAUCAGGACGGAGUCGAGGACAGUAAAAUGUACCGUUUGUCGUACCGCAGCCCGGUGUACGGGCAGGUCCGGGAGCCCAAACCGUACCGGAGGAGCUACACUCACGCCAAGCCUCCGUACUCCUACAUCUCCCUGAUCACCAUGGCCCUGCAGCAGUCCGCCUGCAAGAUGCUCACCCUGAACGAGCUCUACCAGUGGAUCACCGACCUGUUCCCGUUCUACCGGCAGAACCAGCAGCGGUGGCAGAACUCCAUCCGCCACUCGCUCUCCUUCAACGACUGCUUCAUCAAGGUGCCCCGGUUACCGGACAGACCGGGGAAGGGCUCCUUCUGGGCCCUGCACCCGGACUCCGGGAACAUGUUCGAGAACGGGUGUUACCUCCGCAGGCAGAAGCGCUUCAAGACGGGGAAACAGGCCACCGGUACCGGCAAACAGUCCACCGACACCAGGGAGAAGGAGGAGUCCGGUGGAGGGAAGUCUGGUUCUGUUACUUCUGACUCCCCUCUCUCCCCCCCCACCUCCUCCUCUCCUCCGGUGACCCUCAAACCUCACCGGGAGCUCGUGCCCUGCAGCCCGGUGCAGCAGCGCGUGCCCUCCCCUCUCGUGCACACCCAGCACCUGUACCCGCUGCUCGUGCACGACGCCUCACACCUGAAACCGGACCCCAUCAACCACCACUACCCUCCCCAUCUCUACUCCUUCAACCACCCCUUCUCCAUCAACAACCUCAUGAACGAGCCGCAGCUCCACAGACUGGAGUACGGAGGCUACGGAGGCCAAAUGGGGGUCAAACCGGGACCUGAGCACGGAGCUCCCCCCGACCCCAGCAGCUACUACCGGGGAGUUUACAGACCCCUCAUGAACUCCUGAAAUACUUUAUAAAACAUGAAUAAAAACUUGGAUUUCUACAUUUGUGAGUGUGGGUUGCUAACCCAGUCUCUUAAGUCUGCGUACGACCUCACCCAGUGAACGUGGUAUUUGAACCAGAAGUCACCAGGAAUGUUUGGGUAUCAGCUGCAUGAAAAGUCGGACUCCUGCGUUUCAACUGCACACAUUUCCAGAGUCGUGUUAUUUGCAGACUUAAGACACUGGGUUGGAGUGUGAGAUAAAAGGCUCUUAAAGUGUUGUGUUUAAGGCCUGCGGGAUUUUUCAUUUCAUUUGUGUUUGUAUAUGUGC